GUGUUUACGAUGGAAAACAACACUGCGUUGAAUUAUUCGAUGUUAGGGAACAACUCGGGGGACUUACAUACAGACUUUCAGAACGCUGAAGAGCCGGAAAAAUGGGGAUUUUGGCUUAAGACCGUCUUAACCCCAAUAAUAGUGUUUGCAGGAAUCAUCGGUAACAUCCUUUCCCUUAUCGUCAUGAAAUCAAAAGCUCUGCGUCAUAAAUCUUACUCACAGUAUCUGAGUGCUCUCGCCGUCUUUGAUACACUUACGCUGAUAAUCCGACAAAUACGAUCAGUUGAUGAAUACUCCCGAGACAACUCCUCAUCAGGUGUAAUAUUUCACAACUUCGACGAUAUCGGCUGCAAGAUAUUCAAUUUCACGGAACACAUUUGCUAUCUUAUGUCAUCAUGGCUAAUUGUUUUAAUGGCUUUGGAAAGAUUAAUUGCGGUCUGCAUGCCAUUCAAAAAGUUCUUAAUAAGGCGAAGAUCAGGGGCAACAGUGGUUAUAAUAGUGUUGUUUAUUUCCAUGAGUCUUAGUCAGGCAUUUCGCCUCGUUAUGGUCGAACAACUUGAGUCCAGAAACUGUGGAGCAAGUGAUAGUUUUAUCGAGCUGUACUCCAAUCUUCACAUCUACUUUUACCACAUGACCCUGACGUUUAUUCUACCGGUGACGUUCGUUCUGGUUUGUAACGGACUCAUUCUCUACAAAAUAUUCAAAAUUCGUAACGAAAUUAACUCGCGAGUUGAACAAAAGAAUCGGCACCACCGUGUUAUGCGGAAAACGCACCGAACAACCUGUAUGCUUCUGACAGUUUCGUUUACUUACCUCGGAACGCUGUUACCGCUAUUGACGUUGUCGUUGGCUCUGGACAUAAUUGUGAAAGCAAGGGGUCGAGAAGCAUAUAUAUUUUAUGUUUCAGUGACACCAUACCUUGACAUUGCUAUUGUGGUGUCACUUAUCAAUUACGCUGCAAAUUUCUUUAUUUAUAUUUUGUCAGGAAAGAACUUCAGGUAUGAGCUUAAAAAAUGCUUCUACAGUCAAACAACUUCUAUUCGAAGUCUUACCGUUAGAAGCAGCAAGGAAACGAAGGAAGAAAUGAUUCGUUUGUAA